CCAGGUGGCGGGUCUGAAGAAGUAUGGCUGCGUCCAUGCUGUCAAGGGUGUCUUUGAUCAAACUAGGAUUGAAUCACGGUAAACUGAAUCUGCACAGGUGUGUUGGCACAAGUUGUAGUAGAAUUUUCAUUAAUCAAACAUUACAUGAUUCGCCAACUACUGUGCGGCAUGGAAACACUUGGCUUGUUCCAUUCAGGGCUUUACCAAUCAGCCAACCAUUCAGGAAUCUCCAUAGCUCAACAGCUUUGCUGGGGCAGCGUGUGACUUUCAAGCUGUCGGACAUAGGAGAAGGCAUCAGAGAAGUGCACCUGAAAGAAUGGUACGUGAGCACGGGUGAUCGUGUCGCACAGUUCGAUAGCGUCUGUGAGGUGCAGAGUGACAAGGCGUCGGUGACGAUCACUAGCCGGUAUGACGGUGUCAUCAAGAAGCUCUACCAUGAGGUCGAUGGCGUGGCUUUAGUUGGACAUCCUCUGGUAGAGAUAGAGCUGGAUGAGGAUGAGAAAGAUGAAGAGGUGGAUUCCCUCGAGGAUUCGACAGUGUCACGACCGACGACGAUGGAGGAAGUUGUGCGGCAGGCUACUGAUGGCAAAGUGCUUGCUACGCCCGCUGUGCGCAGGCUAGCCAUAGAAAACAAUAUAAAAUUGAGCGAUGUCACUGGAACAGGAAAGGAUGGUAGGGUAAUGAAGGAGGAUAUUAUGAAGCACAUAGCUGCUCUAAACACUGGCAUACCCCCCACAGCACCAACACCGGAGACAAAGGCAUUUGUGCCGCCAACAUUGCCCGUUCUGCCACCCAAGGCAUCUCCCUCUCCUCCUGCUCCUGUCCCAGUUCGUGCUGCCCCCAUAGUUAUCGGUCAAGAUAGAACCGAGAAGAUCAAGGGCUACACUCGGACCAUGGUAAAGACAAUGCAGGAGUCAUUGAGCAUACCUCACUUUGGCUACUGCGAUGAGGUGGACAUGACUGAGCUAGCACACCAGAAAGCGAACCUAAAAGAGCUGGCUGCGCGUCGUGGAAUCAAGUUCACCUAUAUGCCGUUCCUCAUCAAGGCAGCGUCGAUGGCUCUCCACCACUACCCAAUUCUUAAUGCGAUCAUGGAUGAUAAGCAGGAGAAUAUAAUCUACAAGGCUUCUCACAAUAUCGGCAUUGCGAUGGACACUCCGGACGGACUGAUUGUUCCGAACGUGAAGAACACGCAGGCGUUGAGCGUGUUCGAGAUUGCCAUAGAGCUGGCGAGACUGCAACCACUGGCCAGCAGUGGGAAGAUCGGCACGGCCGACCUCUCCGGAACCACGUUCUCCCUCUCCAACAUCGGCACGAUUGGUGGCACAUAUGCAAAACCUGUACUUAUACCUCCAUCAGUUGCUAUAGGAGCAAUAGGGAAAAUUCAGAGCCUUCCAAGGUUUGAUGAGAACGGAAGCGUAGUUAAAGCUCACAUCAUGAACAUCAGCUGGUCGGCCGAUCACCGGCUCAUAGAUGGCGCCACCAUGGCACGGUUCUCCAAUAUAUGGAAGGGCUACUUGGAGAAUCCGGCAUCCAUGAUAUUGGACCUGAAGUGAGCGAGCCUUGAUGGUAGCAGAAAUUAUUAUCUCAUUGUGAGAACUGCCUGAGAUGGUGGGUUGGCAGUGGGGAGUCAGUGAAGGUAGGAGCAAGAGAAAGCAUUUCGUAGUUGCUAGGGUUGUAGGUUUUGGCAAUUGAAGCUGGACAGCCUCGAAGUUGGACGUGAGGUUAGGGAAGACUUGCUGACGCAUUAGCUGCUCUAGGGGUUAAGCCUACGCGCACUGGUAUAUUGGUGCACGCGAGUUAAGUGCAAUACUAACUUUGUAUGUAGAGUAUUUAUUACUUGUGAGAAUAACGUUUGACCCAAUUGACCAAUGUCACAUAUGUGCCACUUCAUAUAUUUAGUAUUGUUAUUCACUGUCAAUGUAUCGGGAUACUGUCGUUGUUUUAGCAAAUUUUGCAUCAUUCACACUGUGCUAGACAUGCUAGAAAGCUGCAUGAUCACCAUUUCGAUCUGAGCGGUUGAUAUACGAAACCGAAUUAGGUUAAUAGUAGCCCGACCAGGCUCUACAACUGUUUAACAUCGUAGGAAACGCCUUCUCGCCACAUAGUGAAAAUCGAGAAGGUAGCUUGUGGCUAAGUUAAUAGGAGAUGCCACCAUACGUCAGUAACCGAAUAAGUUUCUACACACUAUAAGUCUCAAUGAAAGACUUAAUGUGGUCAGGUGAUAAUGUUCCCAUGAAGGUAGGCUCAUUGAAAUCAUUGCAGGCUAUCGAUGGCCUGUAACCAUUGCCGUCAUAGAGGCCUUUUCUGUCCUAGUGAAUAAUUGCUCAUGGCUACAGAGAGUACAAAACCCAACAGUUGAGUAGAUUGUUGUUCCAGCUUGACUUUUCUGGCAGACCUCCAAAAAGUGAGAAGCAAAUAGUGUUACGUGCAGGAAAUAGAGAGCGAGAGAAAGGGGAGAGAGAGAGCUUCUGUAAAGGUAAUCUGAAGUAGAUGGCUUUGUACAUACUUGUAAAUUACAGUUAUCCAUGCAGAGGGCAGCAGUUCGCUGAAGUAGUUAAGUAAGAUGAAGGGUGCAAGAUUGAAUCCUUGCAGUUAGGGGUUUCAGUCGUGGUAAUGUAGUUCCAACAUGACACCAGACGUCUUUCCAGCGAGUUUCUACCGAGAUAGUUGGCAUAGCUGAGAGUUAGGUGGGUUUCUUAAAUCAGCUUUUAAGCACCAGAAUUAUGAGGAAAAUUGUGAAAAGUAAAAUUACGGACAGAAAAUAUAGUGAAGCAACUCAAUUAAGCUGCAACUGAUGAUAAUCGCUAUUCAGGGAGUACUGUUAUCGUGUUAUGUAGUGAGAUAAUUCUUAUAUACGCUUUCAAAUAAAACAAUACAGAGUGGCACUGGCUAUAUUACAAACAAAA